CCCGCCGGGCCGGAAGUGACGCGCUCCCCGCGGCGGCCCAAAAUGUCGGCGCCCAGAGGGAGGUAGACCAGCCUCGCCCUGCUCCCCGGUCCCCUUUCCCCCUUUCCCGGUCCCCCCGUCCUCUUCCCCCCCCCCCGUCCCGCCCCGGCCAUGUCCGCGGCGGAGGCAGAUGAUUCUCCCCCCGGGGGGAUCCCCCCGCCCUGCCCCGCGCCCCUGCCGCCCUCUCGGGUCCCGUUCCACUGCAGCGAGUGCGGCAAGAGCUUCCGCUACCGCUCGGACCUGCGGCGCCACUUCGCCCGGCACACGGCCCUGAAGCCCUUCCCCUGCCCGCACUGCGCCAAGAGCUUCAAGCACAGCUUCAACCUGGUGAACCACAUCCGCAGCCACACCGGGGAGCGGCCCUACCGCUGCACCGUCUGCCCCAAGGGCUUCCGCGACUCCACGGGCCUCCUGCAUCACCAGGUGGUGCACACGGGCGAGAAGCCCUACUGCUGCCACGUCUGCGAGCUGCGCUUCUCGUCCCGCUCCAGCCUCGGGCGGCACCUCAAGCGCCAGCACCGGGGCCUGCCCCUGGCCGCGGCCCCGCCGCCCGCCGCCCUGCUCCCGGCCCUCUCCGCCUCCUCCUCCUCCUCCUCCUCCAACUCGUCGUCCUCCUGGUGCCCGGUCUGCACCUCCCCGGCCAACAGCGGCGAGGUGGGGCCGUGCCUGGCCUGCGGGAGGGGCGGGCCGGGCGGGGGCCUGGGGGAGGCCGUGGGCCUGGCCCCCUACGGCUGCGGCGCCUGCGGGCGCCACUUCGCCCGCGGGUGUGAGCUGCGGGCCCACUGGCUGGCCCACACCGACGUCAAGCCCUUCAAGUGCCCCCAGUGCGAGCGCGACUUCAACGCCCCGUCGCUGCUGGAGCGGCACAAGCUGACCCACGCCCAGGAUGGCCGCAGGCCCGGGCCCGGGGGCUGCCCCCACUGCCUCGGGGGCGGAGGCGAGGGGUGCCCGGCCUGCUGCGGGAUGGCGGCGGCGGCCGCGGCGGAGGAGGAGGAGGAGGAAGGAGACGACGGCGGGGAGGGCCGGCCGGCGGAGAGCCUGUACCAGUGCGAGUGCGGGACGUUCUUCGCCAGCGCCGCCUCGUUGGCCGGACACCUGGACGCCCACUCGGGCCCGCCCGCCUUCGGCUGCGGCAUCUGCGGCCAGAGCUACGCGGCCGUGGCCGACCUGGAGGAGCACCAGGCGGCGCACGGCGGGAGCGGGGCCGAGGGGGCCGAGGGGGGCGGGGAGGGGGACGAGGUCGGGGCGGGCGGGUUCCCCCUGCCUCUGCCCCCGCAGCGCCCGUCCAAGAAGCUGUACAAGUGCUCGGAGUGCGAGAAGCUGUUCCGGUCGCCGCGGGACCUGGACCGCCACGUGCUGGUGCACACGGGCGAGAAGCCGUUCCAGUGCGCCGAGUGCGGCAAGUUCUUCCGCCACGAGUGCUACCUCAAGAGGCACCGGCUCCUGCACAGCGGGGAGCGGCCCUUCCAGUGCUCCGUCUGCCACAAGGGCUUCAUCACCUUCAGCAACCUGUCCCGCCACCUCAAGCUGCACCGGGGCAUGGACUGAGCUGACCCCCGGCUGCCCGCAUCCAGCCUCUCCCCCUCCGCCGGUGAACUGAAUGGGAAAAUGGACCCCCUCCCCCCGCCCCCCAGCAUCCCCGUGGAACGGACCCACCCCGGGCAAUAACGCCACUCCUCCUUCCACACACCCGAGACCUCGGUGUGGGGCGGCCUGGAUUAUUUUUUCCCCCCCCCGCCUUUCUUUCUUCUCACCUCCCAGCUUUCCAGAGUAGACCGAUCCAGGCGGUCAUCCCCACAGCCUAGAGGACACCGGUCCGGAAUCCCCCCCCUCCCCCUGCUCUCGAGAGCGAACUAGUCCAGGAUGCCCAUCCUCUGCUCAAGAGGGGACUGGUCCCCCGGCCCCUCCACCCCUCCGGCUGAAUAUAUCGGACCGGUCUGGAUUCGUCCUUCGCCGCCACUCUAAAGAGGUCUAGGCCUGAACGCAUCUCGCCCCCCAGCUAUAUAGAUUUAUCCCAGACCCCCGGUGAUUCCCCCUCCGCCUCCCAGGGUGAACCUCAACGUAGUCUAGCCUGUGCGGGUGUGCACACGCGCCCGCCCAUCCUUGCCAGAAUACCUCUCACCUCCCCUACCCCCAAAGACACCCCCUCCCCAAAAGUUAAGUUUUUAGAAUUCCUUCCCAUCCGUCCCUUGUCUCCACCUCUCCAUGUUUCCGUCUGUCACCGCCUCUCUGUCUCUCCCCGUGCCCCGGGGGCGGGUGAGGGAAGCCCACCCCCACCCCAUCGCAUCCCCCCCCUUCCGUGCGACUCUCAUAGGCCUCACCGUUUGAGGGAGGGGGAGAUGGGAAAUGGAGGAGCCAUAAAGGGGAGGACCCGAUUUCCGAUCUGAACUUGUAGCGUUUGUUCUGUCUAGAGCACUGCCCCCCGCCCCACUCUUACCUAGAGUAUUAGAUGAGAAUGAGAAACGUGACCCGAUGCCCCCCAAAUAAAAGUCCGUGACCCCCCA